AUGAAAGAAAAUGCAACAUCAGAACAAUCAUCACCUAUUUACUAUCGAAGAAUUUUUCCAUCACAUAUUUAUUGUAAAUGGCUUGUUUAUGGAGAACCUGCUACAUGUCCACAAUUUGCUCAACGUGAAUUUAGUUUUACACUUGAAAAUGAUGUUUAUCGUCGUUAUCUUUCAUUUUCAAAUCAUAUUGAAUUUGAAAAAGAAUUAAUAAAAAUAUGUCCUGAAAAUAUUGAUAUAGGUGCUUCAAAAGAUCAUAAAAUAUUAUCUGCUGCACAAUUUUAUCCAAUUGAACGUGAACUUGUAUUUGAUAUUGAUAUGACAGAUUAUGAUGAUGUCCGAUUUUGUUGUCGGAAAAUUGCCGCGAACUUUUUUGCCAUACCUUACAAUCAAGAUGGAAAAGAUUCAACAAAACGUGUGACACUUUAUUCUCCAUUACAUCCAUCACUUCAUGAAUUUGGUGGAUAUGCUUGUUUAGAACAAGAUUUUCUUGGAGAUGAUCAACGAAUUGAACGAUUUCUUCGACUUGUUCCUGAUGAUAGUCGUCAAACAUUACGUGAAGCAUUUACUGAAUUGUCGACAUCCGCCGAACGAUGGGCUGCAUUUAAACAACAUACUAAUGCAAUGAUUAAUUCAGCAACAUCAACAACUAAAUAUCGUAAAGCAGCAUAUGUGACAUUAAUUGAUGAAAUUAUGUUUGAAUAUUGUUAUCCACGUCUUGAUGCAAAUGUAACAAAAGGAAUGAAUCAUUUACUUAAAUCUCCAUUUACUUUUCAUCCAAAAACAGGUCAUAUAUCAAUACCAAUUAAUUUAAAUUCAUUAAGAUAUUUUGAUCCAUGUAAAGAAGGUUUAGUACCCAAAUUAAAUGAUUUAUGUCAACAAACGAUUACUAAACAGAAAGAUUAUAAUCAAACAUCUCUUAAACCAUUUGUUGAUGUAUUUGCUCGUUUUGUUCAAGGUUUACAAACGAGUAAACAAGAUGAAGUAUUAGCUAAAAGUGAUCUUAAUACAAUGUUAUCAGGUGAAAUUUAA